AUGAGGCUCUUGUCCCAGUUGCUUCAUGUGGCAGUCUUAGUCACUGUUUUCUCCCUGCCAUGUCUUGGACAGUCAGUGGAUAAAUGUGCAGGAGCACCAGGAAUCCCAGGGACUCCGGGUUCCCAUGGGUUGCCUGGAAGAGAUGGACGGGAUGGCAUGAAAGGCAAUCAAGGACCACCAGGUCCAAUGGGCCCCCCAAAUGGCCUACCAGGUGCUCCUGGAAGAGAUGGACCUCCUGGUCAAGUCGGGCCAAAAGGUGAACCAGGAGAGAAGGGAGAGAUGGGGCUUCCUGGACCAGAAGGCCGUUCUGCUUCACUUGAUCCAGAAGUGCAAGAAGCCCUUAGAAGUCUGAAUCAAAGAAUCUUCAGGCUUGAAGGAGUGCUUGCUCUAAAAGGAAUUAUAAAUAAAGUGGGACACAAAAUAUUUGCCACCAAUGCUCAGCAAGUUAAUUUUGAAACCACACUCCAAACAUGUGAGAAGUCUGGAGGUUCAAUGGCAAAACCCAUGAAUGAAGAGGAGAAUGGUGCCAUUUUGGAUAUCGUGAAACAGAAUAACCAAUAUGCCUACUUGGGAAUUAAGGAGAGCCCUAUUCCAGGUGAAUUUGAGUAUUUAGAUGGGACGGCUGUGAAUUAUACUAAGUGGCGUCGAUAUGAACCAAAUGGCAAGGGAGCCGAAAACUGUGUUGAGAUGUACACCGAUGGAGGCUGGAAUGACAAAAAGUGCAAUCAGUAUCGUCUUGCUGUCUGUGAAUUUUAA